AUGGAGGAGAUGGUGAAGAGUAUAGAGCGAGCCCUGGCGGUUCUGAGCGCGCUUAGGGUUGGAGGCAUUGUGCUAUGGUCACCACGGGAAUCAGAGCGUCUCCAUCGCCUCCUGGGUGGCAUCGAACACGUUUUUCUGGAGGGCGUGGACAUCGAGUUCUUGAUGCUAUGCGAACGGGAUCCUUUACCUGAUUUUGGCGAGGCUGACAUGCUCGAGGACUUCUGGCGGGACCCCCUUCUGAAUGGCCGGAAGUCGUACCUCGUGGCGGCCGCGGCUCGUUUGCAGGAGCCGGCGCUCAUCACCACCACCGUGCACAAAUCGGCGGCCACAGUCGACAAGGCGUUCUCGACCUAUCGUCUCGCGAAGGUGAUGCACGCUGCUGGCCAGAUGGCGGGCUUCGCAUGGUCGCAGCACGUGCUGCCAGGCGAGCUCCCUCCGAAUUCCUGGUCGUGCCAACUCCCAGCGUCAGGGGAGCCCACUGGUACAGUCAACUUCCGCCUGGGGAGCCUCGUGGAUGUCAAGCGACUCCGGGGCCCCGUGCAUGGGGACAUCGUUGAGGUGAAUUGGUCCCGGACGCCAAUCCACAUCCUCAGCUCCGACCUGGCUGCUGGCUCAGCCAUUGACCGCGGCUCGGACCAUAGCGCUCGCAGCCUCGAGCUCUGCCGCCGGUUCUACCCAAGCCUCUGCCUGUUCUUACUCAGCCUCCGCUGGGGGCUCCACCGGGCGACCAUCCUGGGCUCCGCGAUCACGCUCGCCCUCGACAUGCCCAUUUCGGGUGACGCGGUGGGCCGGAGCUGGAACGCGCAGGCCCUCUUUGCGCGCGACCCCAAGCGGCGCCGGCAGAAGAGGCUCACAGAGGGCCAAGUGCCGCAUCGAGUCCAUGGCCGGGGGGGCAUCGCCCAAUUCCGUGCAAACCAGAAGCCAGACGUCUCGGUGACCACGGACCCGGAGCAGAUCGCCGACACGAUGGCCCAGCACUGGAGUCACGUAUUCGCCAGGGAAGAUAUCGACCAUGAUGUUUUGCCAGCAUGGCUGCGCGAGGUGGCGCCCACCUGGGGAGGCAGCCCGCUGCCCCGGGACAACGGGCGGGAGCAGGGGCUCGGAACGUGGGUCUCCGACCCCCAACGCGGCUUCCUGCCUGGCCGUUCAAUCAUGUUGAACGUCAUCGAGCUGGAGGCGGACGAUCUUCGGACCGCGUCCGUGGACCUCCGCGCCGCGUUUCCCAGCGCGGCGCACGACUUCCAACGCGGGCGCUGGCGCGGCUACGGCGUGCCGGAGGCUACUUACCUCUGGCGCGUCAUCGGCCCCGGGAAGGUUGGCCAGGAGUGGGAUCGUGAAGCUGCGCGUUUCCAGGGCCGCGCGCCCGAUCUGCGGCAGUUUGACCAGAAUUUCUGCAUGCCGCAAGCUUUCGGGCAGCUGGCCACGCUGGCGCAGACGGCGCAGCUCCGCCUGGCUGCGUGCGAGGAUCGGAGGCUCGACGGAGCCAGCCUGGAGCGGAUGACGCUUGAGCUUCGAGCGGAGUGGAAUCAAUCGCAGCGCAUGUUGCGUGUCGCGCGGCGGGCAGGCUGGCUGCGCGCUUCCGCCCCCAGCGCCCUCGCGCGCAACGCGUGGCAGCUCCGGCGACAGGGCAUCACGGCCAAACGAGUUGUCGUUGCGCUGACUGGACAGAGCCCCGAGGCGCUGGCGGCCGCGGCGCGGGAGCAGGUGCCGCCCGUGUCACCGCUGCUGUUUUCCGAACUGCUUGGAGCGGCUGGCGCCUUGCUCGACGGUUUCAGCGCCGCGAUGGACCGCGGGUAUUUCUGCGUUUUGGGGUGUGGUUAUGGGCGCGACAGCAUCGGGCACAACUCGCGGUGCGCCGUGGUGAGGUGCACGCGUGGGGCGUUUCGCCCAGCCCUGCCCGGGAAUGUUUGCGAUUGGGCCUUCCGCGGGCUCGGGCUGCUGCCCCGGCGGGCUGGCAAUCUCAAGCCAUCGCCCGACGACGCAGCAGGCAAGGGUAAGAGCAAAGGGAAGUGGGAUUACGGCCCACCGCGCUCCGCCCCCAACCCCUUCACUUCGUGGGACACUGGCGCUGCUUGGGCUCAAGAUGGACAGUGUACCUCCGCCGCCACAUCCCUUGACGGGUCGUCGCCGUUCGCCCCUGCGCCCGAGCAGCUCCUCAUCGCCUUGGAGCGCAGAUUGCCUCCUGGGGCAGCUGGCGACAUGGGAGCCCGCCUCAGCGCGCUUGCCACGGCCCUGCAGACGCCCCAGCCCGACAAGGUUCCGAAGGCCCGACCAGAACUCGAGCGAGCGCAGCAGCUGCACCAGUCAGCAGUUGCACCCGCGAAGGCCCAGGAGGCCCUCGACAAAGCCAUCAUUUUCGAGGAGGGGUGCAAGGGGUGGCUGCACAAGGCGUCCGCGGACCUCCAGCAGAAGGUCCAGGCCGCUGCCGCCACGGCAGCCGCCCACCAGCGCCUGCUCCGCAGCAGCCUGGAGGCGCAGCCGACCUCGCCGCUCCAGCCAGCAGCCAUCAACCUCACGGCCAUCCUCGAGACCACGGAGCCUGAGGACCCGGGCAAGUUGGUCUGCUUCGAGGACGGCGACCUCUUCUCUUUCGGCGACCUGGAGCUCGAGCUGGAGGAGAUCGAGCAAUGGAACCGCCACACGUCAGAGCUGGCCGCCGAGGUCAGCAAGCUCAUCGUCGCAGCAGUCGGUCCAUCCGCGCAGGGGCUGGCUCAGAGGAAGCAGGCGUUCGCCGAAUACCGCGCCCGCAUGGCGCACAAGCGGCGUCGCGCCGCAGCGGGUGGCAUGGCUGCAGGAGGCGACCCAGCCCAGCAGAGAGAGGUCAAGAGAGCUGGUGGUGUCAUCGCUGGAGUGAGGCGCCACAUCAAGAGCCACUCUUUCAAGGACCUCUGUCGUAUUGAUGAACAGCAGGUGGGCGCUGGCCGCCUUGACGGCCUUCUCAAAGAGGGCGGCCCCAUCGAUUUCUGGGAUGUCGCACCCGCGGCGGUCGAACUCACGGGAGGCAUGGACUUCAUAUUUGUCGCCCUCUAUCUCACGCCUGGGGGGAAGCUCAUGGGCGUCAACGCAGAGAAGCUCACGAACCUCGGGGCGUUCCUCAGGAGCUACGACGAGGUGAUUCAGAUCAUGGCCCUGGACCCUCCCGCGCUGUUCUCGCUCCCGCCGCUGGCGGCGAACCUGAUCAUGACCCAGGGCCGGGAGAUGGCUGCGGCGUGCGACCUGGGCCUGUCUCUACAACCUGACCAUGCCGAGAAGGGGCUCGAUCAGAUCACCUUCACGGACGCCGAGAAGGAUGCCCGCUGGAGUGACCUGAGCCCCGCCAGCCUUUCUGCCAAGCCGAUCCCUAGUUUCAUCCAGGACUCCUGGGCCUUCAGGCCCUCGACCCAAUGUGCGGCGCUUGGUGGUCUCUUUUCGAGCUGGGUCGAUCGACUUGAACGUUCCUUCUGCGACAUCUACCAGCUGCCUAAGGAGCAGCACAAGUUUUGCUCUGGUCGCGCUUUCACCCAGGGGCCCACCGUUUCAAACAUGACCCGAAGGGACCAGCCCUCUCGGCUUUCGGACCCGCUGGCCCGCUGGUGGGCCGAGGUGGCCACCCUGGCCGCCAUCGGAGAGCAGUCUGCCAAGAGGGCGGACCUCGACAAGGACCCCGCGCCCCAGGGUAAGGAAGCUAUUUCAAGGCUCCCCGAGAGGGCGCGCUCAGUCCCCUCGGGGCCCUCUGUGGCCUUGGAGCCAGCGGCUGCUCUGUCAUGGAAGAUCUGGCUCCGAGAUCCGCAGCAGCUGGGGUCCCUGGAGCGGCGCGCCCUUCGUGAAACGGCGGGGGCCAAUGCGGCCCAGGCCAAGCAGGCAGCAGCCAGAGCUUCACAUGCUGAGUUUAAGGUUUGGGUAGCGGAAUCUCGUUCGGACAAGGUUGGGAACCUCCACCGCUACUCCAAGCCCAAGGCUAAGGUCACCUCGGAGCUGAUUUCUCAUGAGGGGGUGGCAGAUUCACCGCUCGAGCUGAUGGACCUUCGUAGGGCUUGCGUGGAUCAUCGCCCUUUCGCCCCGAGCCUCGCGCUAGGCGGGCGGAACCAAGCCAUGGCCUUCGCUGCCGGCACCACGUUUUUGGCGGCGGGCGCCGCUGGCGGGGCCGUGUUGGAGCCCGCGCACGCGCCGCCCCGCGGCGCCGCCGUGCGCCCCGCGGCGCCCGAGGGGCCUGGGCCCCAGGGCGGCGCCCUCGCCCUCGCCACGGCCGGCGCCGCGCUGGCGCUGCGGGCCGCGUCGCGCAAGUCCGCGGGGAGGCCCCGGGCCGCGGCGGUGGCCAGGCGCGCCAAGGACCACGUCAACCUCGGCACGGUGGGCCACGUGGACCACGGCAAGACGACCCUUUCGGCGGCGAUCUCGGUGGUGUGCUCGCAGUUCAACACGAGCACGGACACCAAGAUGAAGUCGUACGAGGAGAUUGACAACGCCCCCGAGGAGAGGGCCCGCGGGAUCACGAUCAACGCCUCGCACAUCGAGUACGAGACGCCGACGCGCCACUACUGCCACGUGGACUGCCCUGGCCACGCGGACUACGUCAAGAACAUGAUCACGGGCGCCUGCCAGAUGGACGGCGGCAUCCUCGUGAUCUCGUCUCCCGACGGGCCCAUGGCCCAGACCCGCGAGCACAUCCUGCUCUCGAAGCAGGUGGGCGUGCCCAAGCUCGUCUGCUUCAUGAACAAGGUGGACGUGAUGGACGACGAGGAGCUGCUUGAGCUCGUCGAGCUUGAGACCCGAGAGAUGCUGAGCCAGUACGGCUUCCCUGGCGAUGACGUGCCUUUCGUCCAGGGCUCCGCGCUGCAGGCGCUCGAGGCCAUGAAGGCGAACCCCAACACCAAGCGCGGCGACGACAAAUGGUGCGACAAGAUCCUGGAGCUCAUGGACACGGUGGACGAGUACAUCGACCUCCCCGAGCGCCAGACCGACAAGCCCUUCCUGCUGGCCGUCGAGGACGUGUUCUCCAUCUCGGGCCGCGGCACGGUGGCCACCGGCCGCGUGGAGCAGGGCGUCGUGAAGAAGGGCGACGAGGUCGAGAUCCUGGGCAGGGGCAAGAAGGCACAGAAGUCCGUCGUUACUGGGAUCAGGAUGUUCAACACCGACCUCCCCGAGGGCCCGGCGGGCUACACCGUCGGCGUGCUGUGCCGUGGCGUGUCGCGCGAUGACAUCUCCCGCGGGCAGGUCAUCUGCGCCCCGGGCGCCACCAAGACGCACACCAAGUUCAAGGCCAACAUCUACCUGUCCAGCAAGGACGAGGGGGGCCGCAGCAACCCGAUCAUGCCUGGCUACAUGCCCGUCUUCUACUUCCGCACUUGCGACGUCACUGGAAAGAUGGUGACCAUGGCGAGCUCCGAGGGGAAUGCGGUGCAGAUGGCGAUGCCCGGCGACGACGUCACGAUCGAGGGCGAGCUGAUCGCCGCCACCCCGAUCGAGACGGGCAUGCGUUUCGCCAUGCGCGAGGGCGGCAAGACCAUCGGCCAGGGCCUGAUCACCGAGGUGAGCUAG